AUGGGCGUUUCUCACCGGUUUCUAUGAAAUCUCGACAGACCCUUGCGAAGUUCUUUGAUGAUGCAUGAGUGUUUUAGUGACUGACUUUUAAGAAAUAUGUUACGCAAACUUACAGGCGGUCUUUUCGAAUUGUUAAAAAAUACUUACCUCGUUUUGAUUGUGUACACUUGGAUAAUUCCUGUUUGCAAAACAUCCGAAAUCUGUACAGAAAGUUCUCACAUAUGGGGCCCAGGACUCGAACCCAACGCAGUGUUGCCAGUUCGAUACUUCUUUAUUCAAGCAGCAACGUCAAAAGGAGAAAACUUCACCAGCUCCCCAGGGAAAGACACUUUCACAGUGAAGAUCAGCCCGCUGCACCCUAAAGAUCAUGUCCGCAUCCACGUCCCGCCGCCCCUGGACAGGGACGAUGGCACCUUCCUGGUGCGGUACAGGCUGUACGGCACCUCAGUGAAGGGCCUCAGCAUCCAAGUCCUCCACCGCAGCACUCCGGUGGCCAAGUCACCGUAUCUUCUGCAAGGACCUGUAUAUCAUGAAUACUGCGACUGCCCCGAGGUGGACGCCCCCGUCUGGGAGGGCGUCAUGCAAUGCCCCGUCUCGGAUCCUCAGAUCGUGAGGGACCUGUCCUCCUUCCCCGCCGUCGACCUGGGCUACCUGCGUCAGGAGGUCCCCCGCAGGUUCUCCAACAGAGGGGGGCUCAUCCACUACGCCGUCCUGGGGAACCAGGUGUACCGCCGCUCCCUCGGCAAGUACACCGACUUCAAGAUGUUCUCCGACGAGAUCCUGCUCUCGCUGGCCAGGAAGGUGCGUUUACCUGACGUGGAGUUCUACAUCAACGUUGGAGACUGGCCGAUGGAAAAGAGGGCAGUGGGUGCCGAUCCCGGGCCGGUUCCCAUCCUCUCCUGGUGUGGCUCAGAGGACACCCGGGACAUAGUGCUGCCCACGUACGACGUCACCCACUCCACCCUGGAGGCCAUGCGAGGCGUGACCAACGACCUGCUGUCAGUUCAGGGCAACACAGGGCCUCCCUGGGGGAACAAAACGGAGCAGGCUUUCUUCCGCGGUCGGGACAGCCGUGAGGAGCGGCUCUACCUGGCCUCCCUGUCCAAGGAACACCCGGAGCUGCUGGACGCCGGGAUCACUGGCUGGUUCUUCUUCAGGGAUCGGGAGAAGGAGAUUGGAAAAGCACCGCUUGUUGGAUUCUUUGACUUCUUCAAGUACAAGUACCAGGUGAACGUUGACGGAACGGUGGCCGCGUACAGGUUUCCUUACCUGAUGCUGGGCAACAGUCUGGUGCUCAAACAGAGAUCUCCGUACUACGAGCACUUCUACGUCCACCUGCGACCGGGCGUGCACUACGUCCCUGUGCAGAGAGACCUUUCCGACCUGGUGGAGAAAAUCGAAUGGGCUAAAAGCAACGACGCAGAAGUGAAGGAGAUAGCAAGGCAGGGCCAGGCUGCAGUCCGCCAGCUGCUGCAGCCCAACCGGCUGUACUGUUAUUAUUACAAAGUGCUGGAGAUGUACUCCAAGCGCCAGACCAGUAGACCCACACUCCACCCGGACAUGGAGCUGGUAGCCAUGACUGAAGACCUCGCCGCUGCUGCUUGCACAUGUGAGAGGAAGAAGGUUAUGGAGGACCGACCCACCAUGGCCAAAGUAGAGCUGUAGCAGAAAUAGUCUGCCGCCCUUUUGUGAUAAUAAUAAUAAUAAUAAUAAUAAUGUCCGUAUUCAAAGCUCUGAUGUUGAAACCUUUCUACCACAUUUUGUUGUCGUCAUAAUUACAUGUAACUGGACAGUAACUCGUGGAGAAGCCAAUGUGAUGGCCUUGUUAUAGACCUACUCGGGGUCGGGGCCAGCUUGAUUCGGUCUGAUAUGGAGGAACACACGGAUUCUCAAACCUCUGCACAACAACCGCUGCUGUAUAACCGCACACCACCCCCCCUCUCAGACCCCCACAAAUUGUACGCUACAGCUCUGCUAUAUCCAAGGAUGCAUUUGAGAUCAGGGGUUCAAAAACUUCAAUGACUUGACCCAACUGUGAAGGGUUUUUAUGUUCAUUGGAGUGUGUUUGUUUGUCCAAGUUUCAGACUUGGGGAAUAAUUAAUUCCCUAAGUCUGUUUUAAUUAAAUGUUUGUGUGGGCCUCACUACAUUAUCAUGGCAACCAAUGGUAUUUUAAAGAACUACUCUUUCAACAUAAAACCACUAUACCCCCUUUACUGGAUCAUAGUUGUCUCAGUGACGAAGCGAAGAGGGCUGUUGAUUAUCAGCUCUGGAGAAAUAGCUUCAGGCGAAGAACUUUUAUUUGCAUGAAUUGUAGGAUAUAACAUCGAAUGGAUAUUUCCAUGGAAACGUAAUAUAAUCAUGCCAUUGAAAAAGAGUAUAGCAGGUUGUUGGCCCUCCAGACCCAGGUGGAUGGUGGUCUCCAUGGAAACCCUAAAAUACAUCUCACGUUUGGGAGGCAAUUCUCAUUAAACUGCCACGGAAUAACCUUCUUUAAAAGGUCAAUGGGAAUAACUUGGGAGAGUUUGCCGUACCUGUCGUAUCAACUGGUACUUUAACUUUGUAGGACAAAAUGCUAUUAUUUUCAAACUGUCUCUAAAUAAAAUGUUUGCUUGAUUGCAAUUUUUGGUACGGAAAAUCUGCUGGUUUCUUGUGAUUUGUCUAACAUUACAUUCACAAUAUUUAUUUGCAGAUCUAAUCUCUUUUUAUACUUGAUAUUCAGUAUGUGUUUUUAAUAAAGUCCUGGCCACUGGCUUUAUGUUCGUUGCCAUUUAUAAGCGUUGUCCCAUGUAACUUUAAAAUAGAGCAUGCUAUUGAAA